GUGUCGUGCUCGCGGGGCUGUCAGGACGCGGGACUUUCUGAUUCCUGGCGGCCAGGGUGGUCCUGCAGCCGCAGUCUCCACAACUUUUGAUGAAUAUUUACACAGCUGUCACUGUGUCCUGCGGCAACUGUCAAUAAGGAACAAGAAGGUCUACUUUGCACAACAGAAGGUUGUGAACAGAACUUGCUCGAUGGAAUCGAAGCGAAGUUUUAUUGGAACCAUUGUGUUCCUUGGCCUGUUGCUUGGGGUCAGAAGCCAGCAGCAGUGCACUCUGGGAGGCAAACCAGCCGCCCCUGUUGUGCAGGUGCCGCAGAGGGCAAAUCUCAGCCUGGAAUGCAGAUUUCCUGCCUUGGACCUUUGUCACGUGGUCAGCUUACUGGACAGACCCACGUGGUGCGGUUGUGCCAUCGGUACCUGCAAGAUUGUUUACUGUAAACUACAACCAAUGGAUGACAAAUCGUCUGAUUUUGCUGGACGUCACCAAUGAGGAUUCUGGGGUUUACAAAUGUGAGAUCAACCACAAGGGGCUGCAUCUCCAGCGUUUUACCAUCAUUCGUGUGGAAGACAUUGCGACACCCAUGAAUGAUCCUGGACCUCAGCGCGGGGACAUCUCCGUCAGAAGUGAUCCUGUUUUCCCGGAAGUUCGUGCAGUGAGAGCUGUCAGCAAGGAGGAUGAAGUUGAAUAUUCGAGCAGAAUAACCAAAGAAGACAACAGCGACGAACCUAACGGUUAUUUCUUUGCCGCCCUUGACCCUGACAACACUUUCAUGGGAGACGACCAGGAAAGCGAGGAUCUGGCUACGGACCCGAGGGACACCUCAAACACAGCGCGGAAACGAUCGAAGAGAAGUGACAAUGGAAGUGGUGAUGGAGCGGGCACUUCUGACUCAACAAACAAAAUCUUUUUGCCUAUUUCUUUAAUCACAUCCAGCCAGAGUGAGUCGACUCAUACCACCACUGAGGAGCAAUCGACAUCAUCUGAAACCCCUGUGACGAGCCCGUCGACAAAAUCUGAGCCUCUUACAGUCAGUAGCACCAAGACUGCGACUGACUAUCAACCCCCAGCAUCAAGCACGUUGUCGGAUUUUGUAACUCAUGCAGCUAGUAGCACCAUGACUACGACUUACCCUCAACGGUCCUCCUCUCAAACGUCAUCAGCCUCGCCUGCCUCAGAUAGCGCAGGUGGAAUGACUGACAAAUCGUCUGGCAAGUACAAUCCGUCGACCAAGGACUGCCAGCAGACCACGUUUGGGAGUCACGGGCUGCUGGCGUUCGCCAUCACUCUGGCCAUCGCCGUGCUGCUGCUGUACGCUCUGCUGCUCGUCAUCCUCGUGCCCAGGUGCUGCGGCAAGCGGCGGAAGCAGGCCACGUUGACCGGAGACGCGAUGGCUUCCCCUGCGGAGGAAAACGUGGCUCUGAUGGAGAAGAAGCACAAGAAGGUGGAGCCCAUGACCUCGGCCACGGGCCUUAAUGGCGAGUUCAUCACUGCGGUCGAUCUUGAUGCUGACCAGAACGACGAUGGCCAGAAAGCCAAGGACGAUGGUGCAGAGAAGAAGGAUGAUAAAGAAGGGGACAAAGAGAAAAAGGAUGAUAAAGAAGAGAGCACAGAGAAGUCUCCUGAAAGCUUCGUGUCGACCUUCCUGCUCGGUCGACUGAGCUCAAGCAAGCCAGAAGAGGGAGGCGACGCUGCAGCAGUACCUGGUGGUGAGGACGACGUCUUCGCGGGGAUCAGCGGAACAGGAAGUGACGUCAAGCAAACGUCCCCGCAGAGCACGCCGGGAGACUCAACGCCAGCCAAAGAACCCCAGGAAAGCGAGAAGAAAGAAGAGAAACUCGAAGUGGAUAAACCCAGCACACCAACAGAUGAAAACAAAACUGAAAUUAAGUUUGAGAACGAGAUCACAGAUUCUAGCGGGAGAGAGGCUGCUGGCAAGGAUGAAGGUGAGAGCCAGCAAGUCCAGGCCCAGCAGGUGUCUGAUAUUCAUGUGGAGGCCAACAAAAACGGAAAUAUCCAAGAUAUUCCUUUGCUUGUGUAGAGACGAUGAAAUGAAAGCACUUGUCACUUGGGUGUACCUGACAGUUGAACUGAGUUUUUUUCUUGGGCACACGACCUGAUAAACACAGUGACUGUCCCAUAGCCACAACCUCGGACACCCCUCGCUACCUGUCAGAGUCAAACUGGAUCAAGUCGGCUUCGCCUUUGAAUGCAGCUUUUAUAGCAGAAAAAAACUGCUUAUUUUAUUUUUAUUUAUUUUUUGUCGGACUUCGCCUACAUACAUAACAUCGUUCCAUCUAUUUAUACAUUCCGACACGUGCGCACAUUCUACCCAAGUGUGCACAGAUACGUGUAGUCUUUUUAUCUUCAUCUCUUAUAGUUAGUCUCUCCCUCCUUCUGCCUCAUUCUGCUUUACCUCCCCGACACUAAUCUUCAAUAAUCGUAAAGGACAUAGGGACCUAUGCCGCAGUCAACGAGUAAACAAUGUUAUUUCAUAAUUGUAUGGACGCACAAGGUUUCAUUAUGAUUAGCUUUACUUUAACAUUGUCUAAUUAUUUAAUCACAUGAAGUAGUAACCAAGACAGUUUGCAUGGAAAAUAAUGUAAGAAUGUGAGGUGAAGAGGGAAGUUGCUGACAGGACAUGAAGUUAUCUCUCUUUCAACACCAUCAAGAUUCAGUGUUUGUUUGUUUGGAUAUUCCUCUCCCCACAGGCAGUUCUUUGCUUGUUGUUUUUAGUCGGACAGUUUUCAUCUUUGAAUUUAAAAUGUUAUAUCCUUUUAUAGAAUUACAAGUUUAAACCUUUAUUUUGUUUCUCGUGUAAUUUUUUUAAAAUUGUUUUGUUUUUGUUUUUUGUUUUGUUUUUUUGUUUUUUUGUUUUGUUUUUGUUUCAAUAAUGAAGGGGCUUACUUUAUAUACCAAUGACAUUGCUCGAUUCUGCGAAUAUUUUAAUUUAACAUUUUAAUUUUAAAUGUAAGCAUUUUGUGUCUCGGGUUAUUUUCUUCUAUGCAUACCUUUUGUCAUAUUGAAUGUAUGUGGACCUGGUGCUAUAUAUUAUUAUGUUGCUUAGCCCUCGGACUUUGUUAAAAUGUUUGCUCUUCCUGUUCGACUUGAGUGAGCAUCUCAGUCUAAUGUGUAAACAUGUUGACAGUGGCACACUCUGGCAUUGCUGAUGGCACUCAGACUGCCUGACAAUCCACCCAUUGCCAUGUCAUAAAAUGUUCAGUAAGGAUGACAAGUACAGAAAUAAACUUCUUGUACGUUUGUUUCAAAACUAAUUAUUAUCCCUGUACAGAGAAAUGUUGGUGUGUUCAUAGAUCCCAAAAGACAAAUAUAAGGACAAACACUUUUAGGUACGAACCUUCAUGUGUUCAGUUCACAUUUCAUGUACAUUCAUCCACCCCCUUCACACACCAACUGAAUCCUAAUCAGGGGAGUCUGAUGGAAACUCUGUCUAGAUAACAGAAAGAUUUUUAAUAUUUAGCUAAUACAUGGCUCUUACCCUUGAUAAGUUUUCCUUUGCUUGGAAAAUUAGUAAAUAAAUUAUUUUGUUUACAAAUU